AUGAAUAUCAUCAAAGAAGAAACCCCAGAAAUAUUAUCCUCUCAAACAAACGAACCCGACCCUAAUAUGGAUCAGAAACCAAUCAUCAUCAAUUCAAAUGAUAUUGAUGAUGGGUUUCGAACUCCAUCAGAUUUGGAUCACAAAAUCCCAUAUCCAAAACUAUGCCCACCUCCACCCAGAAAACGCCGUCCGCCGCCGCAGCAGCACCACCGUCGACCGACCGGGAAACGGACGAGAGCGCCACCACCAAUCCUAAUCCUUGAUGACUCAACCGAGAUACAGUCUUUGUUCUUUCCAGAAACCAUGGGACCCAUCAUCAAGAAAGCUAAGCUAGAUCAUCAUCAUCAUCAUCAACAAUCAUGA